GCAGUGGCAAGAUGAUCAAAUCCUUCAAGCAAACAUUUCUGUCCCUGGAUCUGCAGUCCCCUCGGUGGAGCUCAGCUGAGACCAUGGCAAAAGAUUAUGAGCUGCGUCAGUAUGAGACUGCCAAGUGGGUUAGCACUGUCAUCAGAGGAGAGACCCAGAAGGAGGCCAUGCGGCAGGGCUUCUGGAAACUCUUCCACUAUAUCCAAGGAAAGAAUGAGAAAGAAAUGAAGAUUGAUAUGACUGUCCCAGUGACAUGCCUGGUAAAGCCUGGCUGCACAGACUUCAAGAUCUCCUUCUUUUUGCCCUUUGAACAUCAGGACUCCCCUCCGCAGCCCAGUGACUCUGAUGUGUUUGUUGAAGAGCGAAAGGCCGCAGGCAUCUUCAUCAGGUCUUUUGGUGGUUUUGCCUCACCAGAGAAAUAUGCAGAGGAAGCUGAAGUAUUGGCCAGAAUCCUAAGAAACAGAGGCCAAUUAUUCCACGAAGACUUCUUCUACACUGCAGGCUAUGACAGUCCUUUCAAACUCUUCAAUAGGCACAAUGAAGUAUGGUAUUUUAAGAAGUAAUACAAGGGAAAAUAGUAAGAAGCACUAAUCAGUUCUGGAUGAAAACAGGCCUAAUGAUCAGCUCUUGCUUUA